UAAGCUAGGUAUAUAUGUCUUGUACAGCAAAGGGGCCAGAUGAAAGAAGAUUGUAAUGGCGGCGAGGCAAUUGCAGCGUAGACUUGUGUCUCUCUUCCUCACCAAGCAACCUCACCUCCCUCUUCGUAACGAGCCCUCAAACCAAAUACGUCCGAUUGCUAGUUCAUUUUUGGGGAGAAAUGGAUUCCUUAAACGAGGACUUCAAACUCUUGUAGAAUCCAGCAAGCAAGUACUCGAAGAUGCGGAUAGAAACAGUACCUGUAAUUUAAAGGCUGGAUCUGAUAGUGCCAUCUCCAACCCAAUCAAUAAUGAGAAGUCCUCGGUAUCUUACAAUGCCACAUCCAACUUUAAGAUAUCCCCACGACAUGAUCUUGCUAUGAUGUUUACUUGCAAGGUCUGUGAAACCAGAAACAUGAAGACAAUGUGUCGUGAGUCAUAUGAGAAGGGCGUGGUGGUGGCUAGAUGUGGUGGAUGUGAUAAUCUACAUCUCAUUGCUGAUCACCUAGGUUGGUUUGGUGAGCCAGGAAGCAUAGAGGAGUUUCUAGCUGCACGUGGAGAAGAGGUGAAGAAAGGUUCAGUUGAUACGUUGAAUCUUACACUUGAAGACCUGGCCGGAAAGAUUUCUUGAACAUGAGAUUAACUGUUGUAUGUAUGUUGAUUAGCGAUAAGAGUUGCUUUGGAUUAUCCAGGCUGUGUUGGUUCCAUUUUUAUUUUUUGAUUAUAUAAUUCAUGUCUGCAAUAGGGUCUGAUCUAAGUCGUGUCUACUUGAUAAUAUCAAAGUGGGGAGUUGGAAAAAUGGAAUGGUAUAGAAACAAGAAGAUUCAAGUUGUACCCCAGAGCUUGUGAAUUGUCUCUAAUGAUACAACUGUGUAUUUUCCAGAUUUUUAUAUGCAGACUGAAUUAAGUCGA